AUGAAAGGCGCCCCAACAGCCCCCACCCCCGGCAAACGCCUCUCGGCCCGCGAAAAAGCCCUUAAGCGCCUCGCCGACCCUCUGUUGCCUCGCAAGCUCCACCGCGAGAACAACGUAGUCUCCGACUCCUUCAUCGACUCGAAAAAAGACAAGCGCACAAUCAAGCACAACGCGUUCGUGUCACGGAUCGCCAAGACGGCUCCCGGCUCUGGUCGCAAAUUAAAGCGGAGGAGACCUUCCAAGAAGUUGGUGACUACCCUGGAAAGUUUGGGGGAUGUACUGGGGGAAAUCAGCGAUGAGAUUAGGGAGGACCAAGAGAGCGGGAAGACGAUGGAUAAGAUGCAGGAGGCGAUGGGGAGGGUGAGGCAUAAGAGUUUGAAGACGCGGCCGGGGGCGUUGAAGAGGAAGGAGAAGGUGGUUAAGACGGAGAUGGAUCGGUUUGGAAGGAGUUUGGCGCAGUUGGCGACGGUGAAGGGACCUGCUACUGCGGCGACGACGCCUGCGAUGGAGGUUGAGCAGCAGAAGACGACACAGACACAGGGACAGGCGACACAGAGAGCAACAACACAACAACAACAACAACCGGCGACGACGAAUAGGUGGGCGGCGCUGAGGGGGUUUAUCUCUGCUACGAUGGAGCAGAACCCUGCAUUCUUGGGGAAGACGGCAUGAUCGGUCCUUGAAUGUUCCUGGUCUUUUUGCUGUCACAUUAUUGUUGUUGUUGGGAUUUGGCGGCGUUUGAGAGGCAUUCAUAUGUAACAAAUUUGUAUCUUGCUUUCUUCAUUUUCUAAACUUGCUGAAGGUAUAUAUCUCUCUGUUUUGGCUUGCUCCACGCGCUAUAAAGCGAGAUGAUGCCACUGCGACCUAAGGAAGAAUGCGAAAACAUAAAGAGCCAUGAGUAACUCGGUACAGAGAUCCAAAGAAAAAAGCACGUUUGUUGUAAGCUAUAUACACACACGCCUGAAAAGCGGCUACAAUGCCAUAAUGCAGAUAUUCCCACCUCCUAUGCUAGAUAUCCCGUAAAGUUCGGGCGUCUCAGCUCCCCCAAGCUCUCAAUCAAGCCACGGGAGAGCUCGUCCACUUGAAAUAUGAUUUACUUGGUUUUUUUCCCUUUAUCCUUCUCUCCCCCACAAGAACUAUUAUGCGCGGC